GUGGCGGAAGUGUUCGUGUUUGGCAUGGCUUCAAUCCACAGGUAGCUUGGUGCAAGGAAGGAACUGUCAGCCUGGCAAAGGAAGCUCAUUCCAGCCAAGCUGUCGUGAAGGCAGAUCCGGAACGGAGGUUUGGAAAGCUGUAUGUGGCCUGUGGGGCUUGCUGCCUAGUGAGCCUGGUGUUGCUAUGCCUACGGGGCAUGGUGUUGCUACGCACAGAAAACCAGCGCUUGGGCAACGAGAACCAACAGUUGGCCAGCAGGUUUGAGCAAAUGUUACACAAGCUUGAUGAAGCGAGGGAGGUGGGUCAGAUGUGGGCCAGCAAGUUAGAGCAAGUUUCACUCGAGCGUGAUGAAGCAAGGGAAGAAGUUCAGCGCUUGGCCAAUGAGCUUCAGCUGCUGCAAGGCAGCUCCCGAGCUUUCUAUAACAUGUUUCAACGUUGUAUAGGGCAGUUCUGGGGUGUUCCACAAGAUGGAUGA